UGUAUCAAGAUGACAGUUCCAGAGCGAGAUUACUUGGCAGUAGUAUAUUGUGCAUAUCACGUGUAGUUGGGGGCUGCUCUCUUGGUUGGAGAACUUUUUUCUUUGUUUCUAUUUCGAGGUUCCCCUUCUCAGCCGCACUUUAGUGAAAAAUUGCAUAUUGUAGAGGUGAUGAGACAUUUGACAGUGGCUUAGCCUCCCGUCUAUCGUACUACUUCAAUGUGGAGACAAGUUCGCUCGUCCAGUAUCUUCAAAUAGAUCUUGCUCCCUCCACAGCAACACGAUCGUCAUAGUACAGUACAGCGCAAGACCAUCAUGCCAGCUUGGUUGCCCCCAUGGGGCGGACUUGUUCUUGUCCCAGGUGCAAUACUAUAUCUCUACUUUGUCAAAAGACUUCGAUUUUCUGGAACAAACAGUCUCCCAGCCAAGCUCGGCUACACAAAUAGAUCUACCUACUGCCGGAUGACGGUGGAAGAUGCAUGGAAGAUUCACAACUUCCUGAUCGAAUACGAGUUCCCGACUACAUUCUCAGCCGCGACAAUGUUCGCUCUGUUCAAAGCCUAUGGAAUCCCGAGCAUCUCGUCACUUCUGUGUGUGACAGGACAGUUCUCAUCCAAGGAAACCGUGGACAAACGAUACGCUGAUACGGGAUGCCUUCUUCUGGAAUCUGUUCUCAACGCCCCUGCUUCGCCCCGUGCCAUUGAAGCUCUCUCCCGAAUCAACUAUCUACAUUCUCCUCAUCGAGCUAAUGGCAAGAUCACCGAUCCAGAUAUGCUGUACACCCUUUCACUUUUUGCUUUAGAGCCAUCCAGAUGGGUUGCCAAGUACGAGUGGCGAGAUUUGUCUGACUUGGAGAGAUGUGCUGUCGGAACAUUGUGGAAAAGUCUGGGUGAGGCGUUGGGGGUUGCUUACGAUUUGCUUCCGGGGAGCAGAACGGGCUGGAAGGACGGCAUCGAGUGGCUGGAUGAUCUGGGUCGUUGGAGUUGCAAGUAUCAAGAAAAUCACAUGAUACCAAAUGUCUCGAACAAGAAAGUGGCUGAUGCGACACUGUAUCACAUUGUGUGGAAGCUACCAUCCAGGUUCAAGGCUGUAGGAGAGAAGAUCGUGGCGGCCAUUUUGGAGGACAAGCUGCGAGAGGCGAUGAUAAUUUCCACGCCCCCACAGAGCUACUUCACGUUCAUUCGUCGCUUUGUCGCUGUCCGGAAACUUUUCCUUCUUCACUUGUCACUUCCUCGACGUAAGCCAAAGAAGCGUCUGCCUGUAGCCACUUCUUCUGGGCGGAUGUUAGCAAAGAAGUAUACCAUCUCGCCGUGGUAUGUCAAACCAACACUCAAGAACCGCUGGGGAUUUGGAGCGUGGAAGACGUGGUUGAAGGGAGGUAUCCUACCUGGUGAUGAGGGAGGUAAGUAUUUCCCACAAGGGUUUGUGGCGAGUGAGCUGGGCCCAAAUGCGUUGAGGAAUUUUGGAAAGGAGAAAAUGGAAGCGGACAGGCAAAGGCUGAAAGUUGAGAUGAACUCAGAAGAAGGAAAAUGUCCGUUUCUUCACAGCACAGCAUAGUCAGCAAGCAUAGCCUAUGAAAGUACGGUUGAAAGUCAAUAAGUGUCAGGUUCCAAACCAAAAUUAA